UUUCAAUAAAUAAAAAAAAACCUGUAAGUACUGUCAAACCAUUUUCGGGUAGAGUAUGAGAAGAAAAAAUUGGGAACCGAGAUUCUGAUGAAACCCAUCAUUUCCUUUUGCUUAAUUUCUUUUCCUUUUCUGGUUUCUGGUACUCCUACAGGUUUAUCUCUGUGAGCUCUCCUUUUUUAUUCUGAUUUCAUUCUCUUGCACCCUUAUUUUCCUUCUUUUUUAAAAAAAAAAAAAAAAAAUUCCAUUUUCCCUUGUAUAUCCAUAUAUUUUGGAAAGUAGGUUUGUGUUGUUCAAGCUUUGAGCAUUCUCUUGUAAGCUAUGGCAGAUGGGUAUGGUGUUGGGAAGUCAAUGAGAGAUGAAGAUUUGGAAGAAGUAGUUUGGGGAGUUUUGAAGGAGAGAGAAGAUUCAAGCCCUAAGAAGGGGAAGUCCUCCAAGGAUUCAUCAGUGAGGCGCUUACCUACUGCUCCAAGAGUGAUCCCAAUUAGGAGCAGUAGUAAUACCAGUGAGGCCAAGAUGGCUCAGGGGUCAUCAGCUCCUCUGAACAUUCCUGACUGGUCAAAGAUUUACAGAAACAGUACUGCAAAGAAAGGUGAUGAUGUUUAUGGCUAUGGGGAUUAUUAUGAUGUUGUUGAUGAUGAUGAAAUGGUGCCUCCACAUGAAUAUAUAGCUAGGAAGCUUGCAAGAAGUCAGGUUUCUUCUUUCUCCAUGUGUGAAGGGAUUGGAAGGACACUCAAAGGAAGAGACCUCAGCAAAGUGAGGAAUGCGGUUUUAACCAAGACUGGUUUCCUAGAAGAGUAAUGUUAUUGAGGCCUAAGAGUUUGAACGAUCCGUAUCCAGUCUUCGACUUUGUAUAUUGUUCAAACUCUUUGACUGUAAAAUUAAUAUCGUUCUUA